UUAUAUCUCACUCACAUCGAAAGUCAUAUUUAUAAAGUAUAUCACUUGUCUUUACAAAAGCAAAUAUUUAUCCACAGUGAAAAUGUUUUUUGAAAAGCUCAGAAACACUUGUUUGUUUCUGGUGACAGUGAGGUAUCUGGUGUUAGAUGUGUAACUGGAUCCAAUUUUCUCGAAAAAAUGGGAAAAGAUACAGUGUCUCCAGAUGAACCAGAGACGUCGUCAAAGUUUAAAAAGUUCCUGCGUAAGCGUAUACAUAUUUUACAGUGGUUGCCAAAUUAUACAAAAGGUGAUAUCCUAGCAGAUUUUAUAGCAGGAAUUACUGUGGGAAUGACAAUGAUCCCACAGUCACUAGCGUACGCUGGGUUGGCAGGAGUAGCACCUCAAUAUGGACUAUACACAGCUUUUAUAGGAUCUUUUACUUAUGUAUUUUUUGGCACAAUCAAAGAAGUUUCUAUAGGACCUACAAGUUUGAUGUCUCUUCUAGUAUUUUCAUAUGUAAGAGGAGGUCCAGUAGAAUAUGUAAUCCUGCUCACAUUUAUCGCUGGUUGUGUUGAAAUGCUGAUGGGUAUUUUAAACCUAGGUUUUCUGGUAGACUUCAUCUCACCAUGCCUAACAUCCGGUUUCACUUCAGCCAGUGCUCUAAUUAUCAUAGUAGCUCAGAUGAAACAUCUGUUAGGUAUAAAGAUAAAUAGCCAUGACACUUUUGAAGUUAUGAAAGAGUUAAGUAUUCACUUCAGGGAGAUCAGCGGACCUGACGCCAUAUUGGGGUUUAGUUGUAUCGCAUUCCUGUUUUGUUUUAAGCAACUUGCUAAAAUUCCAGUUCACCACCCAGCAACUAAAAAAUUCAUAUGGCUUCUAUCCAUUUCUAAAAACGCUAUAGUAGUACUUUUGACCACCGUCAUAGCGGCUUAUUUACACAAGAACAUGGAAGGCGGGGCUCCUUUCAAAUUGACAGGUCCGGUGCCAAAAGGAUUGCCAGAUUUUGGAUUUCCUUCAAUAGAAACGCAUCAAGGAAAUAGAACUGUCGGUUAUAAGGAAAUGGUAUCGACAUUAGGAUCUGGAAUGAUUGUUAUACCGGUUGUAGCGGUAUUAGCAAACGUAGCUAUUGCUAAGGCCUACAGUUCUGAUGUGAUAGUUGACGCAUCCCAAGAAAUGAUGACGCUAGGACUAUGCAACAUUUUGGGCUCCUUUGUGAAGGCUAUGCCUAGUUGCGGAGCUUUUACAAGAUCCUCAGUAGCAAGUAGCAGUGAUGUGCGGACACCUUUACAAGGCGUUUAUUCUGGUUCUAUCAUCGUAUUGGCCUUGAGCUUUCUGGCCCCAUAUUUUUAUUUUAUUCCGAAGCCUACUCUAGCUGCUGUACUAAUCACAGCUGCUAGCUCAUUGAUUGAUUUUGAAAUAUUCCAGGUUCUGUGGAGAUGCAACAAGGUAGACUGUUUUCUGACUGCUUUCACAUUUGUGAUCGGUACCAUAAAGGGCGUUGAAACAGCCAUUGUGAUUGGAUGUAUCUGCAAUGCACUGGUGUUACUGAAAAUGUGGUCCAGACCAAAAAUCCGUAUCGCAGUCAAAUCAGAGGAUAAGCCAGGCGAAGAGUACUUACUAAUUAAGCCAGAACUAGGUCUGUACUACCCAGCAGCUGACUACCUAACAGAGUCUGUGAAGAAGGCUCAUAAAUCGUAUCCACACUUAGCAAUAGCGAUAGACUGUUCGAGUGUUUUGAAUGUGGACUAUGCCGCAGCAAAAACAUUUGAGAGCCUUCUGAACAACUACAAUCAGGACGACUCAGAAAUGCGUUUGAUCAACGUGAACCCAAAAGUAAAGGAAGUUUUAAGACAGGUUUUCGAUGACGAAGCAAAGAUGAAGCUAUGCAAGAGCGAAAUGGAUCUCAACACUUCAAUCAACAUUUUUGAAAGAGAAGACGAACGCCCAUUGCUUAGUUACGAACUGGAGAGGAGGAAGUCUUCUGUGAAGACCGCAUAUAGCAACCAAGAGAGGAAGAUGUCUAUUUAUGAUAUAGAAUAGGUUUCUGUUAUGUCAUUAGUUUAAUUUUUAAAUUGGGUAAAAUAAAAUUAAAAUCUUCAGUUUCACUCAGAAAGUCUUGGACCGAACGUUGAGACCACACCACAGGUUGGCUAAGAACAUGUCUCCACGUAUUGGACAACGUUGCGAUCUAUCCUUCCGGCUCACAGUGGUCUAGAACAACCAAAAAGCUGGCAAAAAGAAAAAACAAUUAAGUGAUCGAUGAAAUUCAUCAUGUAUUUGAAACCUGACACAACAAGGUUCAUUUUAGGGCCCUAUACUUUUCCAAAUAUAUUCUUCUAAUAUAACUAAAGUUUUAAAUAAAUGUGCCCCUCAUUUGUAUGGAGAUGAUACACAAUUAAAAUUUCCUUUUGACCACCUCAGGUCAGCUGCUGCAAAUGAUGAGCUUAAUAUAAAACUAGUUUAGACUUCACUCUGAAUCUCUGUCACAUCAACUUACCAUUAACCCAUAUAAAUCUGCUGUUAUGAUAUUUGGUAAACAAAAAACUACAUGCAAGAUAAAUUUACUGUCAGAAUGGGUAACAAUACAAUUAAGAACGUCGACGUGGCAAGGAACUCAGGUUUGGUAAUGGAGAACGAAUUAAUAUUAUCUGAUCACGUAAAAAAUGCAUCCAAAAGGCAUUUGUUUGAUAGAAGUUUUUGUUCCCACACCGCCAUAGUCUGCCAGUUAGAUUAAAUAUUAUUCUCAGUGAUCUUCUAGUUUUGUCCCCAUUCAAUUACUGCGAUGUCGUGUAUGGGUCCUGUUUAACGCAAAUGGAUUGUGGACGAAUUCAGAAAAUCCAAAAGUCUCAGGUUCAUGUUCAGCAUCCGCAAGUUUGACAGGGUAUCACAAAAGCUAGAGGAAGUUAAUUGGCUCAAUAUGGCUUCCAGCAGAAGACAUCAUUCGGAAACAUGAUUCCAUAAAAUUGUUUCUACCAAAACGCCUCAACAUUUAGAGAAUAGGAUAAAAUUUAGAGAUAACGUCCAAAAUUUAAAUAUUCGCAGUAAGUUCCGUAUCUCUCCCUCUCUACAUCGAACCUCUAUAUUUGAGAGAUCAUGUAGUUGUAAAAUAUAUAUAGUUUUAAGAACCUAUCUUCAAAAUCAUUCAAAGACAACUAACUAUAAAAAGUAUCUACUACAAGCUGAAAAAUGAAAUGAUAUACGCAUAUAUUAAUUAGCAUUAUCAUAAACCUUCAACAAUUAAUGUCGCAGAAGUAAUAUCAUCCGUCACUGUUUUUCUGUUCUUCCUCUACACUAUUUAAUCUCAACCAUUUAUAUUUUUUGCCUCAAGUAACUUUGCUUAUAAUCCUCACAGCAUUAUUUUUGUCUCAU